GCUAUAAAACGUAAUUUUGUGCAAAUAUAAAAAUUGUCCAAGUAAUAAUUUAUACAUGGAAAGAAAAUAAUCGUUAACUAGAAAAAUGAAAAAUCGAUUUAACACCUAUGAUUUAGUGUGCUCUAUUUCAGAGCUGCAAAGACUCAUUGGUAUGCGUGUUAAUCAAAUUUAUGACAUAGAUCGUAAAACUUAUCUAAUUCGUUUACAAAGGAGCGAAGAGAAAUGCAUUUUAUUAUUAGAGUCAGGUAAUCGUAUACAUACAACAGCUUUUGAAUGGCCAAAAAAUGUAGCUCCUUCAGGAUUUUCAAUGAAGAUGCGUAAACAUCUUAAAAAUAAGCGUCUUGAAAAUUUAAGGCAAGUUGGUGCUGAUAGAAUAAUAGAUCUCCAAUUUGGAAGUAGUCAAGCUGCUUACCAUAUUAUAUUAGAAUUGUACGAUCGUGGUAAUAUUAUACUCACUGAUUAUGAAAUGACAAUACUUAACAUUUUAAGACCACAUGUAGAAGGAGACAAAAUCAGAUUGGCUGUUAAUGAAAAGUAUCCAAUCUACAGAGCUCAUACAAAGAUGAUACCAACACUAAACGAACUUCAAGAUAUUAUUAAAAAAGCAAAACAAGGAGAAAAUUUAAAAAAGAUUUUAAAUCCACAUUUAGAAGUAGGUGCUGCUAUUAUAGAUCAUGUUCUUGCACAAAAUAAUUUUCCAUUAGGCUGUAAGCUAAAUGAGGAAUUUGACAUAGAAAAAGAUGUAGAUAAACUAUAUUCUGCUCUUAUGAUCGCAGAAGAUAUGCUUAAAAAUGCCACAAAACAUGUAUCAAAAGGAUAUAUUAUACAAAAAAGAGAGGUUAAACCUCUACAUGAUGAUGGUGAAGAAUUUAUAUAUACAAAUAUUGAAUUUCAUCCAUUUUUAUACGAACAAUGUAAAAUGCAACCGUAUAAAGAAUAUGAAUCAUUUGAUAAAGCAGUUGAUGAGUAUUUUUCAACGAUGGAAAGCCAGAAAUUAGAUUUAAAAGUUUUACAGCAAGAACGUGAAGCUUUUAAAAAGUUAGAAAAUGUAAAAAAGGAUCAUAAUGAAAGAUUGAUUUCCUUGGGGAAGGUCCAAGAAAUAGAUAAGCAAAAAGCUGAGUUGAUUACUCGAAAUCAACAGUUAGUUGAUAAUGCCAUUCGAACAAUUCAUAGUGCUUUAGCAACUCAAAUGUCUUGGGAGGAUAUAAAUAUUUUUGUAAAAGAAGCACAAGCAAAAAAAGAUCCUGUAGCAUGUGCUAUAAAGAAAUUAAUAUUAAACACCAAUCAUAUUUCAUUAUUUUUAAGCGAUCCCUACGAAGACAGUGAUGAUGGUGAACCAGAACUAAAGUCCAUGACAAUAGAUAUUGAUUUAGCUUAUUCUGCAUUUGCUAAUGCAACAAAAUACUACAAUCAGAAACGUUCAGCUGCUAAAAAACAACAAAAAACAAUUCAAUCUCAAGGAAAAGCUUUAAAAUCUGCUGAAAAGAAAACCAAGCAAGCUUUAAAAGAAGUACAAGCAAUCCAUACUAUAAAUAAAGCAAGAAAGAUUUAUUGGUUUGAAAAGUUUUAUUGGUUUAUUACUUCUGAAAAUUAUUUAGUUAUUGGAGGAAGGGAUCAGCAGCAAAAUGAAUUGGUUGUAAAAAGAUAUUUAAGAAGUGGUGACAUUUACGUUCAUGCAGACUUAAUUGGUGCAAGUUCAGUUGUGAUAAAAAAUCCUGAUGGAAAUCCUAUACCUCCAAAAUCUUUAGCUGAAGCUGGAACAAUGGCCGUUGCAUAUAGUAUGGCAUGGGAGGCGAAAAUAAUAUCUGGUGCAUAUUGGGUAAAUAGUGAUCAAGUAUCCAAAACAGCUCCAACUGGAGAAUACCUUACAACAGGAUCCUUUAUGAUUCGAGGAAAAAAGAAUUAUUUACCUCCAUGUCAGUUAGUAAUGGGAUUAGGAUUUCUAUUUCGAUUAGAAGAUAGUUCAAUUGAAAGGCAUAAACAUGAAAGACGGAUUCGAAAUAUCGAUGAAGGUGAAGAUCUAGAUCACAUUGUUGAAUCAUAUAAUGAAAUUGAAUUAGAAGACGACAUCGACAAUGAUAAACAGAGUAUAGAAAAUUUGCAAACUAUCAGUGAAGAAAUAACGGAAGAUCUUGAAAGAGCAUCCUUACACAAUUGUGAUAGUGAUCAAGAUGAAAAUAAAUUGCUUGUGUCUGAUACCCAUAUUAAAUUAGAUCUAUCAGGACCAAAAGUUAAAUUUCAUUUAAAUGAUUCAAAAUCAAUUACAAGAAUAAAAACAGAUAUUGAUAUGGUACAUUCAGAUAAUGAUCAAGUUAUUUCAUUAACUAAUGUACAAAAUAAAGAUGUUCCAAAAGAAAAUUUGUCCCAAGAUAUUCAUGCACAAACAAAACAAUAUCAAUCAACUUUAAAAAGAGGGCAAAGAGGAAAACUUAAGAAAAUUAAAGAAAAAUAUAAAGAUCAAGAUGAAGAAGAUAGAAGAAUAUUAAUGGCAAUUUUACAGUCUGCUGGCCCUUCUAAUGACAAUAAACGAAAAAGUAAAAGUAAAGAUCCAUGUGGUUUAAAGCAAGAAAAAAAAAAAAUAUUGCCAAAAAUUAACUUAUCACAAGAUAUAAAAGUAACUGAAGAUUUAGACGAUGAAGAUAUAACUUCUUUGUACAAAGUUGAUAUGCUAGAGCAAUUAACUGGCAAGCCAAUGCAAGAAGAUGAAUUAUUAUUUUCUGUACCAGUUAUUGCUCCUUAUAGUACAUUGCAGAAUUAUAAAUUUAAAGUCAAAUUGACUCCUGGGACAGGUAAAAGAGGAAAGGCUGCUAAAACUGCAAUAGCUAUUUUUCUAAAAGAUAAGUCUAUAACUUUUAGAGAAAAGGAUCUUUUAAAAUCAGUUAAAGAUGAAAGUAUUGCAAGAAAUAUACCUGGAAAGGUGAAAAUUAGUGCUCCACAAAUUCAAAAAUUCAAAAAAUAAUUAUAAAUUUUAAUACAUAUUUAAUAUUAAGUAAAAUAGUAA